CCGAAAUCAUACACACUAACUGAAAUAUAGUGCGAAACAAACCGAUUAAAGUCCGCGCGAACCCUAACUUUUCUCUCUGAGCUCGUAAUCGGAAUCGAAGAAUCGAUUCGUCAGUAGAAUCAAAGGUACAAUGUCACCGGAACAUAGAGAUACACAUUGGAAGAGGUCUCGUCCCCAAUCUGACGACGAUGACGAUACUGGAAGCAAAAGGAGACAUCGUGGUUCUGACGACAGAGACUCUCUUGCGAUUGACACUGUGUUCCGUUACCUCUGCCCUGUUAAAAAGAUUGGGAGUGUCAUUGGGAGAGGAGGAGACAUUGUCAAGCAGCUGAGGAUGGAGACGAGGGCGAAGAUUAAGAUAGGAGAGGCGGUUACAGGGUGUGAUGAGCGCGUGGUUACGAUCUUUAGCGCUAGUGAUGAGACUAAUGAGGUUGGAGAUGGAGAGAGAGUUCUUCUUUCUCCUGCGCAGGAUGCUUUGUUCAGGGUUCAUGAUAGAGUGGUUGCUGCGGAUGGUGGAGAUGGAUCUGAUGGAGAGAGGAAUGUUACUGCUAAGAUGCUUGUUCCUUCGGAUCAGAUUGGGUGUGUGCUUGGGAGAGGUGGCCAAGUUGUUCAGAACAUUCGGAGUGAGACUGGUGCUCACAUUCGUAUAGUCAAGGACAGGAACAUGCCUCUUUGUGCCUUGAGUUCAGAUGAGCUCAUUCAGAUAUCUGGAGAAGUGCUGAUUGUUAAGAAGGCUCUGCAUCAGAUUGCUUCCCGCCUCCAUGAGAAUCCUUCGCGUACUCAGAACAUUCUUUCUUCUGCUCCUCCACUCAUGAGCCAUGCGUGUGGUUCUCGAAUUGUGGGGAUUGCUCCGCUGAUGGAUCCCUAUUCAAGAGAUUUGUCACGCCCUUUAUACCAAGCUCUUAGAAACGACCCACCGGCGGCUACAGAUUUUUAUAUCAGGCUAGUCUCGCCGGCUGAUAAUAUUGCAAGUGUUAUUGGUAAAGGCGGUGCUCUGAUCAAUCAGCUUCGACAGGAAACGAGAGCGACCAUUAAAGUUGAUAGCGCUAGAACCGAAGGAAACGAUUGUUUGAUAACUAUAUCAGCAAGAGAGGUUUUCGAUGAGGCGUAUUCUCCAACCAUAGAAGCGGCUAUGCGGCUGCAGUCAAAGUGCAGCGACAAGGUGGAGAGAGACUCUGGACUUGUUUCGUUCACGACUCGCCUUCUUGUGCCGAGUUCUAGGAUUGGUUGUCUUCUUGGUAAAGGAGGAGCUAUCAUAACCGAGAUGAGGAGAAUGACCAAAGCUAACAUCCGUGUACUAGGGAAGGAUAAUCUUCCUAAAGUUGCAUCUCAAGAUGAUGAGAUGGUUCAGAUUUCUGGAGAGUUUGAUGUUGCCAAGGAUGCUCUCAUACAAAUUACGUCAAGAUUAAGAGCCAACGUGUUUGACCGGGAAGGUUCUGUUUCUACACUUAUGCCGGUCUUGCCUUAUGUUCCUGUUGCGCUAGAUGCUGGUGAUAGAUUGGACUAUGAUAGGAGAGAUAGCAGAAGACCUGAACGCUCGAAUCAUUAUCCUGGUGGUUAUGGCUCUAGUGGUCUGUCUGAAGGUUAUUCGCGUUAUGGUGCACCGGUUGGUGGUAGUAGUAGUAGUAGUACAUAUGGAGUGUAUGGAGGUUAUGCAUCUGGACGCAGUGGCAGUUCUGGGUUAUCCAGCCAUUCCUCUAGCCAUCGACGCAGAAGCUAUGAUUAUUAGACGCUACUAGUGGCUGAUUAAAAAGGUUAGCGCAAAGUAUAGCCUUAUCACCAAUCUUUAAGAGUCUUCAAACUUCAUACUAAUCUGCAUGAAAGCGAUGACUGAGUAUAUACCACAGUUCUCGCCAAGAUGACGUUGUUCAGGUAAAUAAACCACUUGGGCAUCAAAUUGUUGUCCCUUUUUGUCCACAUGAAAAGGUAUAUACAUUUCUUCUCUUUCUCUCUACGUUAUUUCCUUGCACAAUAUGCUUCUCUGCAGCUGUCAAGUGUACAUGUUGCUUUUUCUGGAAGAUUCUCGUCGUUGUGGAAGCAGAAAGACAUCAAAUCAAUGGUUGAGUGGGCAGACACCAGAAUCUAGAGAUAUUUAAGACUGUGAUUGUCUGAUUGAUCGGUUUCAAGUAGAGAACAACACAGUGAAAGCUUUAGAGAUGAUGGAAAUGAUGCAGAAGUGUGGCUAUGAAAUUGAUUUUGAGACUCAUUGGUCUUUGAUUAGUAACAUGAGCUCUUCUUGUAAAGGAAUAAGACAUCUGGUCAAGGAUUCUUGUCAGGCUUCUCACUGGGAAUGGGGGAUAACUUUGAAAUGUAAAAGUUUCGUGUGCUUAUGUAAUUUUACGAUCAUGUAGAGCCAGACUUAUUAUUCUCGUCAACUUUUGCGUUA